UUUAUUUGUCUUGUUUUUACUUAUAUUUCUUUUAAUAAAGAUCAUUAAGUGACUUUUCAACAAUGACGGACGAGUCGUUUUAAAUUUUUUUUUUGCUCCUGACCUAUUGCUACUUGUUUAUCAAUAAUAACGUCCAUUCAAGGACUGAUAACAAGACAGUUUGAUCAAUAGUCUAAAAAACUACUGUGGAACUAUACGAAAAAUGGGACGAAUUAUAACAGUUGCUGUUUCGACGCUUAAUCAGUGGGCACUUGACUUCGAAGGAAAUUUGCAGCGCAUAUUGCAAAGUAUAAACAAUGCCAAAAGUAUGGCCGCUAAAUACAGAAGUGGACCAGAACUAGAAAUAUCUGGUUAUUCUUGUGAAGAUCAUUUUUUUGAAAAGGACACAGUUCUCCAUUCAUGGGAAGUUUUGGCAGCACUCUUGGGUAAUGAACAAUGUUUGAAUAUAAUCGUAGACGUUGGCAUGCCAGUGCUGUAUAAAAAUAGAACUUAUAAUUGCAGGGUCGUUUUUUACAACAGGGAAAUUUUAUUAAUACGUCCAAAAAUAAUAUUAUGUGAUAGUGGCAAUUAUAGGGAAUCACGAUGGUUCACUCCUUGGAUAAAAGAAAAACAUAUAGAACAAUUCUGUUUGCCUAAACUAAUUACAGAUAUAAACGGGCAAGAAUUUGUACCAAUAGGUGACGCUAUCAUUGAAGCGAAAGACACCAGCAUUGGUUUUGAAAUUUGUGAAGAACUUUGGAAUCCUCAAAGUAUGCACAUUGGCUUGGCUAUGGAAGGAGUCGAAAUUAUUGUCAACGGUUCCGGUUCUUACAUGGAACUGAGGAAAGCAAAUGCCACAAUUGAUCUUGUCAGAUCAGCAACAUUCAAAGCAGGGGGAUGCUAUUUAUACAAUAAUCUCCGUGGUGGUGAUGGCAGUAGAGUAUAUUUCAAUGGAUGUUCCUGUGUUGCUUUGAAUGGAGACAUACUCGCAAGGACUGAACAGUUUUCUUUAAUUGAUGUUGAGGUUGUCACUGCAACAGUUGACCUGGAUAAAGUUUCAAGUUACAGGAAUUUAAAAAAAUCUUACACAUCUAAUCAAUCAAAUAUGUCAUCUUUAACUUAUCCAAAAGUGAAGUUGAAUCAGUAUAUAACAUACAGUUUACCAAAAGUUGAGACUGUUCCUAUUGUAUGGAAAAACCUUACACCUGAGGAAGAGAUCAGCCUUGGACCUGCUUGCUGGCUCUGGGAUUACCUGAGGAGAUCAGCCCAAGGAGGUCUAUUUUUACCACUUAGCGGAGGUGUAGAUUCUUGUAGUACAGCUUGCAUUGUGUACUCGAUGUGCAAUCUCCUUGUAACAACUAGCAAACAUUCAGCUGAUGUUUUAAAUACACUAAGGAAUUUACUCUCUGAUAGAACUUAUGUCCCCACGGAUCCAAAAGAACUUUGUGGAAGACUCUUCUUCACUUGUUACAUGGCUACUGAAAAUUCAUCAGCCGAAACAAAAGCUCGGGCAAAAAUGCUUUCACAGCAGAUUGGAAGCUACCACAUGGAAAUAAAUAUAUCAGGAGCUGUAAGUGCCUUGUUGAAUAUUUUUUCAUUAGUGACAGGGAUGAAGCCCAAAUUUUCAGUACAUGGUGGUUCACCAAGGGAAUGCCUUGCCCUUCAGAAUGUUCAGGCAAGGGUACGAAUGGUACUUUCAUAUUUAUUUGCUCAACUAAUACUGUGGGCUAAAAAUCGACCUGGAGGUCUUCUUGUUCUGGGGUCUGCAAAUGUUGAUGAGUCUUUGAGAGGAUAUUUCACUAAAUACGACUGCAGCUCUGCUGAUAUCAAUCCAAUCGGCGGUAUAUCUAAGACUGACUUGAAGUCAUUUUUGAAAUAUGCAAAAGACAAAUUUCAUUUACCAGCUAUAGAAUCGAUAUUGAAGGCGCCGGCUACUGCUGAAUUGUUACCGCUUGCGGAAGGCCACUUAAUGCAGACCGACGAAGUCGACAUGGGUAUGACAUACUCAGAACUAUCGGUAAUGGGGAGAAUGAGAAAAAUUGAUUGCGCUGGACCAUUUUCAAUGUUCUGCUCCCUGGCUGGCGUGUGGAAAGACCAGCAUCGGCAACAGGUGGCUGAGAAAGUCAAACAUUUUUUUAGAUACUAUGCGAUCAACAGGCACAAAAUGACAAUUUUGACACCAAGUGUCCAUGCAGAGUCUUAUUCACCGGAUGACAACAGAUUUGACCAUCGACCAUUUCUGUAUUCAAUUGCUUGGACAUGGCAAUUCAAAGCUAUUGACAAACAUGUGCAGCAAAUGUCUGAUGUCAGUGAAUUUGUUCCAAGGCCUGUAACACAGCCUAGACUUUCAAAAAAUAUCAAAAGUGAGAAUGAAGGAGGUGUCAUAGUUUAAUUUUAAUUUCAAAACCAUUAGGAUAGUACUUAAUAUAGUAAUGAACUAAUUAAUAUGCUAAA